UUCCCAUAAUGCUUAGCAAAAUAUUAAGAAAGCUAGUGGGUCUUUCAAAGUAUUGGACAACAGUCUACCUUAAAUUACAUGUACAGUAAUUGUCAAAACAUAACUAAAGUGUCUACUUUCAUUCACAUGUUGUAUCCCAACCAUUUGAGAUAAACAAAAUGUACCGAAGAAUGUUAAGGCUAUGUGAACCCAGUGGCCUGUGUGGACCAUGUCUCUGAUCCUGUUUGCCCUGGUGGUGCGGGUCAGGGAUGGUCUGCCUCUCUCAGCCUCCACUGACUUCCAACACAACCCAGAGCUGCAGGAGAGGAAGCAGCAGAUACGGACCAUCUCCAAGGCCCUGAGCCUGUUCCCCGACAGAGGGGCGGUCAAGGGCCAUGACCUCAAUAUAUAUUUCCUCUCCAGUGAGGGCGUAUCCUACAUGAGCGUAUGUGACGCCAGCCUCCCUGCGGCCAUGGCCUUCUGUUUUCUAGAGGACCUGCGCUGGGAGUUCACAGCUCAUAUGGACAACGCCAAGGUUGCCCUGGCAGCCAGGCCGUACCCCUUCCUGGAGUUCGACAACAGCAUAGCCUGGCUGCAGCAGCAGUAUAACCAGAGGGGUGGUCCGCUGGAGGUCACUCUGACGAGGUCGGAGGAUCUGAAAACACGCCCUUUGCAGAUCCUCACCCUGGAGGAGGUGGAGCUUACCAACGGGUCAGCCAAUGGCAUGCGGAACAACUUUCGAUCCGGUAAGAAUCCGAGGAGGAGGCCUUUGCCUAGAGCUCAACGCUGCACUGUGGAUGAUUAUGAAGGAGUCUGGAACGUGGUGGCGUUCCUGCUGGCGUUCCUGUGCUGUGUUGGUCAGUGUCACCUGUACCUGUUCCACUCUUCUCUGAAGAGGGUCAAGUCCCUGGUACUGCUGAGUGUGGUUGUGGUCUGUAACUGCUUCCUGUUUGGUCUGAGGAAUGUCUGGCAGCUGCUGUUCCACCUGGCUGUGGCUGUCCUCGUCACCCUCCUCACCCUCAACAGGAAACUACACGACAGAACCAAUGACUGCGGGGUCUGA